GAGCAAAGAUUUCGAACGCCAAUUACAGCUUCAGAAUGCGAGAAGUUUAACAAAAGCUGGGUAUCAGACGCCAGCCGCCGUAAAUGGGCGUGGGUUUUGAAAGUCUUUGAGGAAUGGAAGAAGCAGAGAAAUGAAGCGGUUUUAAGGUGGCUCGACUGGAUUUUUUUAGGGGGAUACCUCCCAAGUUUGAGCGUUAAUUACGUCGGCAUGAGUAAAGAUAUGGAAAAAAGGUUACCACAACUGUAUUAUAUAAAGAUGAAAAUUUCUUAUGAUUUGGGUUUUAUUGCAAUCGGAGUCGCCAUGGCAACGUAAUGACGCCAUUACGUUUUUCAUUUAUCUUUGUAUUUCUCUGUACCAGGAGUUUUUUGAAGAAAUCGCUUAAGGGAGUAUGUACCUGCCAUAAUUGGCUUCAUUAUGGCAAAGUUUGAACAAAUUCUAUGAGAGCGUUUUUGAAAUAUUUUGAAAAACAGUUUUAAGAAUCAUAAAAACAGUGAAAUAGCAUGCUAGCCACACAAAUCGCUGAUAUUUUAAGAAAAUGAUAAGCUUUGGUAACGCAGCUUCAUCUCAUAGUGGUUUGAUUCCAUUGAAAACUGCAUACAAAAAAAGAGGUGAAUUGCUCUGGGCGAUCGCGAGUAAGAAGAAUUUUAUUAACUUGCAUUCAGUUGCUUUUGAUACAGUUUUUGGACGUUAUUUGGUCCAUGCCUAAAAAUUUCGCAUUUUUCCAAAAACCGCUCGAUAAAUUUUUCUAUAAAUUCGACAAACCCGAGAUCAAUUGUCAAGAAGUAUUCCCUGCAAGUUUCAAGAACAUUGAAAACAGGAAAGGCUUUUAAAUAGGGCCUCAAAUAUAGCAAAUUUCCCCACCAGAUUUUGUGUUUACAAGAGUGCGUACUCAUUACUCACUGGCAUUGUUUUCAAGUUUCAUAUACACGUGCACAUUUAGCAAAAAGAUAGAAUUUGCAUCAAAAAGGGCCCUCGGUUAAAUCUCCGGGAUAUGCUAAUUACCGAGUAAAGAGAUCAGUGAUACAUUAUAACAUCAGAGCGACUCUUUGUGCGAGGUUCUGUGAUGUUAUAACCCGAGUAAGAUAAUUACGUAUUGCAUCCUACACGAUGAGCCGUGACGUUCACCAUUUCGGCUCUCACUGCUAUAUGUGACGACAAGCCAAUUAUUAGCAUAUUCCGGAUAUUUCUUCAGAAAAUAAUCGAGAGUUCUUUUUGAUGCAAAUUUAUGUCUUUUGCUAGUUGUGCACGUGCAUAUGAAACUUGAAAACAAUGCCAGUGAAUAAUGAGGACGCUCACUUGCAAACACAAAAUCUGGGGGGGAAAUUGGCUAUAUUUGAGGCCCUAUUUAAAAGCCUUACCUGUUUUCUAUGCUCUUGAAACUUGCAGGGAAUAUUUCUUAACAAUUGAUCUCGGGAUCGUCGAAUUUAUAAAAAAAUUCAUCGAGCGGUUUUUGGAAAAAUGCGAAAUUUUUGGGCAUGGACCAAACUACGUCCAAAAACUGUAUCAAAAGCAACUGAAUGCAAGUUAAUAAAAUUCUUCUUACUCGCGAUCGCCCAGAGCAAUUCCCCUCUUUCUUUGUAUGCAGUUUUCAAUGGAAUCAAACCACUAUGAGAUGAAGCCGCGUUCCCAAAACUUAUCAUUUUCUUAAAAUAUCAGCGAUUUGUGUGGCUAGCAUGCUAUUUCACUGUUUUUAUGAUUCUUAAAAUGCAUUUCAAAAUAUUUCGAAAACGCUCUCAUAGAAUUUGUUCAAACUUUGCCAUAAUGGAGGCAAUUAUGGCAGGUACGUACUCCCUUAAGCGAUUUCUUCAAAAAACUCCUGGUACAGAGAAAUACAAAGAUAAAUGAAAAACGUAAUGGCGUCAUUACGUUGCCAUGGCGACUCCGAUUGCAAUAAAACCCAAAUCAUAAGAAAUUUUCAUCUUUAUAUAAUACAGUUGUGGUAACCUUUUUUCCAUAUCUUUACUCAUGCCGACGUAGUUAAUUCUCAAACUUGGGAGGUAUCAACCUCAAAAAAUCCAGUCGAGCCACCUUAAAACAAGAUUACAGUGGCUAGCCAGUAAUUGAAGAAGAUGUAGACGAGAUGUCCGACGAGCAGUUGGACUUUACAUUGGCUCGUUUCAGUCAGUAG